CCAACUUUACAAAACUCGAAUUCUCGGCUGCCAGCAGAGCCGUGAGACGCCAUCUUACUCCACCGAGGGGAUUGUCAUCAUGCGCACUCGCCAUCCCAUUUGUAUGAGUAGAAGAAUUGGAGAGUGGAGAGAGGGAAGUCAAGAGAGGAUUCAUGUCUGACAGAGCUGCAGCAUCUUCUAAAAGAGAAGAUGGGUCCUCGCCCAAUACGGCCCGUUCGACGGUUACCCGGAGGGACAGGGCGUCAAUAUUCUCAUAUUCCUGUCGGUCGCCCGCAACAUAGAGAACCUCAAGGCCGGCCUGGACAUCACAUUUACGAGCCAACCAAGGAAGAACUUGAUGCCAUCUCGGCUGAGUGCGAGGCCCCGGACCGGAACCGCGAGGCCCAACGUCUCCCGUACGAGCGCAACAUAUUUGGCGUCAACCAGCUCUACCCCAGCCUGGCUCGCGAGACCUCGGCUGGGAUUCUGGGCAUCAUCGCCCGAGCGGACCAGACACAAGGAGAUGCGGAUGGUACAGAGGGCGAUGUCGAGCAGAAGCCCAAGAAGGUUCCCAUCUACCUCGAGCUGGGCUUCGGGUACGAUACCCUUUUCUGCGAGUGGGCAUACAUCAUUCACCUUGACAAGGAAGUGUUGGAGGUGUAUGGCGGCGGCGGCGAGCGCAAGCAUGAGGGUCACAGGCUCAAGAACGUUGGAGACGAUGAGGCCCCUGUGCCCGCGAUCGUGCCCUCGUUCGAUUCCCCGAGCUGUACCUGAUGAGGACCGACAGUGAGUUCUUGGACAAGAUCCAGCAGGCCUGUGACAAGAGAAUCGAGGACGACGAGACAGAAGACGAGGAUACCCUCGACUUGUCGAGAGAACCGGAUGAGGAAGACGGAGGACUCGAGGAUGAUGAAAAAGACAACGA